GAGAAUUAUCCUCUGGAUGUUUGGCUUGCGAACUUUGUUAUGGACAAUCCAUUCCCCAAAGGCAAGGUAUUUAAAGCCUGUGUUGAGGCUUGCAUGAGGGAGCUCUACAGCGCUAUAGCGAUCGUUAUCGCUUCUCCAACUCGAUAUGCGGUUGACAAAGACCAUUGUUUGCCUUACACUGGCCAUUGCGCCAGUUCUUGCUAACCCUAUGGCUAUGCGAAAGAACAAGGAGUACUCCUGUAAAACUCACAAAGGAAACUACAAAAUCGACGAAGACAAAGCCAAGAACAAUGUCCAUCAUGCCCCCUUGCACCCUGGGCGUACUGGAUACCCUCACAGGCUUCACCAUUACUCUACUCAUGGCGACGAGCACCAUGAGCAAGAUUAUUACCAUGGCCUUGAGUUCGACAACAAGAAAUGCAACAAAAAUGGUGCCCGCUUGCUCGCGUUCCCCCUCUUCGAAGACGGCCAUCUAUACCCCUAUGAUAAGGAGCCUAAGGCUGACCCAGGUUUAGUACGUGCCGUCUAUACCGCACCAGGCAAAGACUUCUGCGGUAUCCUCCAUGAAGGUGGGGAACGUGGUCUUUACGAGUUCUGUGUUUGAGAAUCUAGAAGGUCAUGCAGGACAGUAAAAAUGGAUUAAUGGGUGUAAAGUAGCAGCAACGCCAACUGAAUGACCCAAGAGUCAAUCUCGCUGCUCGUUUUGAUCAGUUCUAUUUUACAAUAGAUAAAAGUCGGUAGGGUAUCAGAGUAAAGAUAGCAGAUUUCUGAGAUUUGCUAACCGAACAAACUACGGUGCAACUAAAAGAGUACUCUCGACACCGGGGAUUACGUUGCUUCACAAUACCCACCUUCGGUACUUGAUUCCCAGCAAGCUCAAGUACUAGUUUCGUCUUUGCGACGCGGCCCCCUCGUACUCCAACUUCCCAAGGAAAA